AUGAAGAGCGAUGGAAUCAGUUUUACAAAUACAAAGCAAGCCAUUAUAACAAAUACUUCUUCUAUGGCUGAGCAAGAUUUGUUUCCUAUAGUAACAAAAAUUCUUGAUAAAUAUCUUACUGAACCUAUUAAUAAUACAAUUAAGACAGAAAUAUCUCAAUAUUUAUUUGUUACUGCAAAUAUGAUUGAACUCAAUAACGAAGAAUUAAAUUGUGAGCAGGAAAAUCCUCAUAAAUUAUCAGAUGGUUUUAUUGAAGAUCAAUUUGACGCACAUUUUAUUACACUUCAGGCUAUGAUCGAAGAAAUAGGACAAGAAGAAGUAUUAGAAAUAUGGAAAGUUGUAGAUAUACGAAGUGAAAGAAAAAAUCAUGUACAUUUCGUUAUUAUUGUCAAUGCAAUAUUCUACCUGUGUUCUUGUCUCAAGUCUAUCUCAAAGGGAAUAAUAUAUCGUCACUAUUUUCGUGUUAUGAUGAAUUUCAAAAUCGCAGCAUUUCACAUCAGCAUGAUACCUCAGAGAUGGUAUAAAAAUCUUUACCAAGAUGAGACAAACCUGCAAGAAAAAGUAAUAUUUAACAAUAAAAAAGAUAUUUAUGAUGAUGAAACUAUGAACAAUAAUACAUUACCUGUACGAAAGCCUGUCACGAUCCCAAUAACUGUUCCUGUUCUUAAAAAGGCUGUUCAUAAAAGAAAUUUAUAUGGUCGUGUAUGGGGAUUAGCACGAACAGUCACUUUACUUGCAGUUGAGCAAGAAGAUGAUGAAAUAACUCUUAUUCUUCUAGAUUAUAUUAGAAGAAAAUCCAAUCGAAAUAUGCCUGAAAGACUUCCAAUAAUAAUUAAUGAAAGAUCCACUAUUGAUGAAGUAUCUGAUAAUCCUCAAGAAAUUCAAAGGAACUAUAAUGAUACUAAUUCUAGAAUAGAGAAUAGGAGUCAGAUAGAAGAAGAUGAAACUGAAAAAGACCGAGAAAUUAUAGAUACAAACCUUCAAAAUAUGAAAAUCUGA